UACUCUUCAGCGAGCUCAGUACACGCAAAGGUGAUCUUUCAAGAGAAAAAGCAGGUGCGCGUCGUAAUUCCAUUCGUAUGUCUAGUAUUUCUCCCAUUCCAAAACCCCUCACUCCCAAUGACUGUACCCGUACGAAACAUUUCCACCCUCGAAGUACGCGGAAAACGAUUCGUGUUGACUUACCCUCCCAAGGAAAUGCAUACACCACUCUACUCCUCGCCUUCGCCGACAAAAAAUGCGACCGGAUCAUCAGUGAAUACGGGUGCGGGUAUGACUCCAAGGGCGGGGAAGAAAAUGCUGAGAAUAUCGAUGAUUAGAAGUGUAGAGGUAUUAACGCCAAGA